ACAUCGCUUCGAGUGUUGAAAAACGAGUCAGCUGCGAUAUGCCAGCUAUCGAUAUGCCACACGUCACAUCAAAACAAUACUUCGAGUGUGUAGCAGAAAAACAACAAAAAAAAUUGAAAAAUAGUAAGCGAACCGCAGCAAUGGACAAGGACAGGUUCACGCUUCAGUCCAUACGGCAGGACUUGAUUGAUAACAAUCUGCAGGCAAAGGCCAUCAUACAGGACAUACUCAACAGCAGAUCCUCAAUCGCCGAGCUGGAGGAGCUCAAUGAGGCGGGACGCGGCAAGUUGUCGGCGAUACGAAAGAAUAUCGAACGGCUCGAUGAUUGGGCCAGGGACAUGGGCGAUCCCGCACUGGCCACAGAGGUGGACACACAUCGGGAGCAGUUCUCGAAGACUUUACAGGCAUUCCGCAAGGCCAACGUCUCCACCAUGCUGGAGAUAGAGAAGGCCAAUCGAGAGGAGCUGAUGGCCAUCACAGGCGAGAGCGACCUGAGGCAGCGCUCCACAGGCGGCGCGCGGCACAAUCGCAGCAGCCUCGUCACGCAGGAGAACGACGUCACAGAGAAAAUGCUGGCCAUAUCGCGACACCUGUCGGAGACCACCCAGAAGAGCGCCGUCACGCUGGAGACCCUGGUCGCCUCCUCCCAGAACGUGGCGGCGACCAGCGACGAGCUGCACAACACAGCCGGCAGCAUCACGCAGUCCGGCAAGCUGCUGAAGAAGUACGGGAGGCGCGAGUGCACCGACAAGAUGCUGCUCUUCUUCGCCUUCUGCCUGUUCCUGGCCUGCGUCUUCUACAUAGUGCAGAAGCGCCUGUUCUAGAUUGUCGAGGUGUGUCUGCCUAGCAGCCGGAAUUUUGCAACUAGUUUAUAAAUAUAGUCGGUAUAUGAUAUCAUUCGAGAUGAGGGUGCAAAAUGCUUUGCUACUUUAAGAGUUAUUAACUGUAAACGCACGUAUAUAUACAUAUAUUUAUUUCAAAUCGCAACUGUAAGUUUACCUCCUUAAAUAAAUACAGAGAUUGGA